UGGCGCGAGGCGUCGGGGCCGACGGGGCGGAAGGGGGGCGGCCUCGAGGCCCUCGCCGGCGCGAGAGAGGCCGUCACGUGAUGUUUGGGUGCCGGCUCCGCCCCCCGUACCGCCCCUCCCUCCGAGAAAGCACGGAACGCGCCCGCGAGCCACCGAGGCCCAGCUCUGCAGGAAGGCGGCGGCCCUGCCUUCUGUGAGAAGAUGUCCUACGGAUCCAUCGCUGGCAGCGGCGGCCUGGGGAGCCACGGCCCUUUUGGGGGGCCCUCCACACAAGGCUAUCAGCCCCUAGGGCCAGGGGUCGCCACGGACGGCAGCGGGACACCGGAGCGCACCUCGCCGCCUGCCGGCCCGAGGAAGGACUUGGCUGCAAGGGCCCAUGGCCGGGUGGCGGGGCCCAGGGCCUCCCGGGCCAAGAAGAGGAAGCCCAACUUCUGUCCGCAGGAGACGGAGGUGCUGGUGGCCAAGGUCAGCAAGCACCACCAGCUGCUGUUUGGCACCGGGCUGCUGAGGGCCGAGCCCACCCGGAGGUACCGCGUGUGGAGCCGCAUCCUGCAGGCUGUGAACGCGCUGGGCUACUGCCGCCGCGACAUCGUGGACCUCAAGCACAAGUGGCGGGACCUGCGUGCCGUCGUGCGGCGCAAGCUGGGCGACCUGCGUGGAGUGGCCCCUGGCCCCGGCCCUGCCAAGCCCCAGGCCCUGGCUCUCACGCCUGUGGAGCAGGUCGUGGCCAAGACCUUCUCCUGCCAGUCUCUGCCCUCUGAGGGCCUCAGCCCCGAGUUGCCCAGAGCCACCGAGAUGGACCUGAGUGACCUCCAGGAGCUGUUCCAGGAGACGUCGGCCAGCGUCUUCCGAAUCAACUCCAAUGUGGCCUUCUUGGAGCAGAGCCUCCGGUCCCUGGGGACGCCAAGUGGCACGCAGGAGCUGCGGGACAGCCUGCACACGGUGCAGCAGCAGACCAACCACGCGAUCGCAGCCAGCACCAGUGCCCUGAAGCAGAUGGCUGAGCUCCUGCGGGGCUGCUCCCGGCAGGAGCGUCUUCAGCUGGACCGUCUGAAAACUCAGCUUUCAGACGCCAUCCAGAGCUAUGGAGUGGUGCAAAAGAGAAUUGCAGAAAAGUCCAGAGCACUGCUUCCCACAGCACAGAGGGUUGGCAAGCAGCAGAGUCCCCAGGCCCCAUUUGCCGAGCUGUCCGAGGACGAGAAGAUCUUUAACGGGGGCGACGGCGUGUGGCAGGCCCAGGGGCAGGCGCUGCUUCCAGAGAUCACCGAGGAGGACCUGGAGGCCAUCCGGCUGCGUGAGGAGGCCAUCCUGCAGAUUGAGAGUGACCUGUUGGAUGUGAACCAGAUCAUCAAGGACUUGGCCUCCAUGGUGUCAGAGCAAGGAGAGGCCAUCGGGUCCAGCAGCGGCAAGGCCGUGUGCCGGCGCAGCUCCAGCCCCGAGCCGGCCGUGGUGGCCCUGCUGCCCGGGCCGGGCUGUGCGCCCCUGCGGCCGGGCUCCCACUCACGCACCAAGACGCGGAAGCCCAACUUCAGCCCGCAGGAGACCGAGGUGCUGGUGCAGAGGGUGACGCGCCACUACCCGCUGCUGUUCGGGGCUCUGCGGGGCCCACCCGCCCGGAAGCACCGCGUGUGGAGCCGCAUCCUGCAGGCGGUGAACGCGCUGGGCUACUGCCGCCGCGACCUGGGCGACGUCAAGCACAAGUGGCGGGACCUGCGAGGGGUGGUGCGCAGGAAGCUGGCCGAGCGCCCCCGGGCCCCCGGCCCCGUCCUCACGCCCGUCGAGCGCAUGGUGGCUGAGACCUUCGCGGCCCCCGGCCCCGCCGGCGAGGGCCAGCCCGCCGAGGCCCUGCCGACCGACGAGGACGAGGCCCCUGGCUGCCUGUGGCUACCCCUGCGGACGCUGGAUGGGCCGAGCCUGCCUGAAGCCGACCCCCUGGACCCCCGAGGAGCCUUCCCUGCGUCCCCCUCCUCACCCUCCCCGCCUGCCUCCCCGGCCUCGGCACCCCCCGCGGCCACAUUCCCCGGGGCCUCCCGGCCCUCGCCGCCCUCCUCGGCAGCACCCCAGCCCCCCGGGAAGCCCACAGGGCCUGAGGCCUCGGACGUGGAACGGCGGCUGCUGGACUCGCAGCGGCAGCAGGGCGCCCUGCUCAGCUCCUGGUCCCAGCAGCAGAGUGCGCUGAUGGCCCAGCAGAACCUGCUGCUGCAGCGGCUGGCCGAGCAGAGCCAGCGGCUGGCCGACGGCGUCGAGGCCCUCAACCGGACCCUGGAGAGGCUGGUGGAGGCCCUCCCGCCCCGGGGCGCCUCGCCCGCAGUCCCAGAUGGCUGCCCUGGGGGCGGAGCAGCCUGCAGGCCAGCUGGAGGCUCCCAGGGCAGCCCCCAGGGCAGCCACACAGGCCAGGAGGUCUUCUCAGGGAUGAUCCUGAAGGUGGAGGAGGAGAUCUAGGGUCUGGACCCCGUGGGCCGCGUGCAGAGCAGGGACUCCGGUCCUGCCCCUCUGAGGGGCAGAGAUGGGGCCUCGAUAGAGCCAGAGAGGAUGCGGGACUUGGCCUGUGGUUGCCCCUUCCGUCCUGCCAUUGUCCGUGGGCCUGUGACGCGAACGGAGGGCUGGGUUGAGGUCUACUCGGGUGACGCCGGUGGGUGGACCGAGCUCCCUCGGCUCCCAUCCCGUGCUCCGACCGUCGGGGCGAGUGCUGUGGAGUGCAGAACGGGGCGCCUCUCGGCGGGCAGUGGGUGAGCGGAGCUGCGGGAAGAAGCACGCAGAGCGCAGCUCCCCCAAACCACUGCCUCGGGUGUGGGCCCUGGAGUGUGGCUCUGCUGGGCACCCAGAAAGCCCCCGGCGUGUGCCCUGGAGUGACUCCUGGAAGCCCGCCUGCUCCGUGGGCGUACGGACUGAGGGGGGCUGGACCCCUGCAACCUCUUGAUUCUGCCCCGAGGGAACCACGCCCUGUGGGCCUGCGGUUAUUUCUCUCAAUUUUAUGCCUGUGGUGUGGGGUGUAUAUACGUAUGUGCACAUAUGUUCGUUGGUACUGGAUGGGGUGGCAUGCCAUUUUAUACCUGUCGACUUUUCUUGGAAAAAGAUAUUUUUCUCAUAUAAGCAUAAAAUAACAACAAAAAAGGCAGUGAUGAUAAGGAGGGUGAUGCUGACAGGAAAUGAGAUGGAGCCCGUCUGUCUGCGCCUGGGCUCUGCCUCUGCCCUUGGCCGGCAGGCAGCCCUGAUGCCCCCCGCCGGUGUCAGAUCCGCCUCACCUGUGACUCCUGGCCCUGUGGGGUCCCUCGGGGCUGGCCCCAGCUCCUGGCCCCGCCAGGCAGGGCACAGGGGCUCAGCGCACAGUUCGGGUGGCUGUUGGGGUCCUCGUGGCCCUGGGGCUGUGCCACCUUCAGCUUCCCCUUGGCCUCCUUCUCCAGACUCGUGAUGAAAGCCUUUUCCGGAAGCAAGAGGCUGAGGUCCUGGCGUGAACUGGACAGCGUGCUGGUCCCAGGGCUCCCAGGCAGCCUGGCACUGAGGGGAGCAGAGACCAGGGUGGAACACACACAGUGGGAGGGACUUUUCCUGGUUUCUCUGUUUACCAUGGGGCCAGCAGCAUGUCAGCAACUCUUGUCCACAAAAGAGAGCCCCAACUCCUUAGCUGCCCAUCCAGCCGUCUGCAGUGUGGCCAGCGCCCUUCCAGCCUCCUCUUCCCCCGCGGUCUAGAGGACACCAUGUGUUCUCCACGGCGGCCUUUCCUUCAGCCCUACAAAGCCAGAGUGCAUUUCAGUGCCACGUGUGGCGUCUUCCUAGGGCUUCAUUCCAGGUGAAAGGCACGGACCCUGCUUGUCCACUAAGAUGCCCACUGCGGUGGACACACACCUCUCUACAGGCAAUGAACACUGCUCUCCAAGGUUACCCACUAACCCUGGUCAACACCUACUCGGAUCCCAACCUAGCCCUGACCCUGGUCACACUCGGAGCCCUGAUCCUGGUCACAUGCUGAGCCCUGACCCUGGUCCCGUGCUGGACUCUGACCCUGGUUCCGUGCUGAACUCUGACCCUGGUCCCAUGCUGAACUCUGACCCUGGCCAGUCCCAUAAUCCCUAUUGGACACCUGCUCUGGGCCCUGCACUGAGUGCUGAGGACACAGCAGCCCAGGCUGAGUAGAGGUCUGACUGCGUCCAAGGGCCAGGCAGGGCACGACUGGGAUGGGGUGCCUGCCUGUCGGGCCAUCGGUCUGUGGGUGCACGAGGGAGCCUGGGUGGCAGGCAGGGGGACGGGGGCCCUGCCUGGCCUCGAGUGCAGGGGUGUUCCUGCAGGAAGGGGAACCAAGGAUCCGGGGUCGGGGUGGCCAGAAGAUCUGUUAAGGAGGAGGCUGGGUCUUGGCUUAGACAGGAGCUGGUCAGAAGCAGAGCUUUGAGGGAGGAGCAUGUGAGGUGAGGCAGCGGGGAGACAUCUGACCCUCCCGGGGGGGUUCCAGCACCUUCUGUGCCUUCUGCCCAGACUCUGGGCCGGGUGACCAGGCAGAUGGUGGGCCUGGACAGGGAGAUGGGGGAGAGGAGGGCCACCGGGAGGG